CAUUAAUUACGACAGUCUAGCAGAUAUAUUGUAACGGUGACGUACAUGUGGCUUUACGAAGGAGUGAGGGUACUCGCUAUGGAACUGACGUGUCCUUAAAGAAAACAACGUGGCAACUUUGAAACGCUUUAUGCUUCACUUUCUGGUUCGUAAACCUGAAGUGCAAAUGUAGUCCAAGAGUCGGUUCAGCGAUUGGAACUCCUGACAGCAUAGUUGCUCCUCGAUACCGUACGAAAUACCAUUGUUACAAUACAGCGGAAAUAUUAAGAAUGACUGUGUGAUAUUCGACGGAUUAGACGCAUGUUAGCAUCGUUAUUGGAACCGAAUCACGGUAACGAUCUAACCCCAUGAAACGCUCGGUACCGUUGGCGAACGUAAGCGUACUAAAAUCAGGAAGUUGACGCGCAUGCGAGUGGAACAUCUGUUCCGUUGACAAGUUGAUUUUGGUAAACGCGAUCGUACGCCGUCGUUCCACAUGAGUACCAGAAGAAAGAUGUCGAAAGACGAGAGCGUGGACGACGAUCUUCCGGAGUCCUACCACGUGCAAGAGCCAUCGGAUUUACGUGGUGACGAGAAGAACAUCGUUAUACUUUUAUUUUUAUACCUGCUGCAAGGUAUACCUCUGGGUCUGUGCGGCUCUAUUCCUAUGCUGCUCCAGAACAGGGAUGUUUCUUAUCGUCAACAGGCUGAAUUCAGUUUCGUUCAGUGGCCUUUCUCGUUGAAACUGCUAUGGGCUCCGAUAGUAGACUCUAUAUUCUAUAGGAAAUUUGGCAGAAGGAAAACAUGGUUGAUUCCCACGCAGUACUUAAUGGGAUUUUUUAUGCUGCUCUUAUCUAGCCGGAUAGAUCUGUGGUUGGGCGACGGUAACGUCAAGCCUAACAUAGGCAUGUUGACCGUAGUGUUUUUUACGUCUAACGUCCUUGCCGCGACUCAAGAUAUCGUGGUGGACGGCUGGGCUUUAACAAUGUUGAAAAGGUGCAAUGUGGGCUACGCGUCCACGUGUAACAGCGUCGGACAAACGGCCGGUUAUUUUAUCGGAUACGUGCUUUUCAUGGCAUUAGAGUCCGCGGAAUUUUGUAACAGCUAUCUAAGAUCUACUCCGUCUAGCGAGGGCAUUUUGACCCUGUCCGGAUUUAUUCGCUUCUGGGGCUGGGUUUUCGUAAUCGCGACUACACUGAUCGCGUUGUUCAAACACGAGGGUGUCGAGAGAGUGCAUAAAAACGAGGAAUUGAGUACAAAUAUCAAGCACGCUUACCGAUCGCUUUGGAACAUCGUGAAAUUACCAUCGAUAAAGACCAUAAUCGUGCUUUUGUUAACAGCCAAGAUAGGAUUCUCCGCUUGCGACGCGGUCACUGGUUUGAAACUGGUCGAAGCCGGUAUACCGAAAGAAAAGAUCGCCCUCAUGGCGGUACCAUUGAUACCGCUUCAGAUACUGUUGCCGCUAGCAAUCUCGAAAUACACUGCUGGUCCGAAACCGAUGGACGUCUACAUAAAGGCAAUGCCCUAUAGAUUAGCUUUCGGACUGGUAGCAGCAUUUUUGGUGUGGAUAACACCGUACGUAAUAACGGGUGGACACGUUCCGGUGUACUAUUUCGUUGCCCUGGUGGCGGUCUACCUUGCGCAUCAGGUUUUUACAAGUAGCAUGUUCGUGGCGUCCAUGGCGUUCUUCGCGAAAAUUAGCGAUCCUGCGGUUGGCGGUACUUAUAUGACGUUACUGAACACCGUGCACAAUCUGGGAGGCAACUGGCCAGCAACGGCGGCUCUCUGGUUCGUCGAUCCGCUAACGUUGCGGCAAUGUAGCACCAAUCCUUCGAACGACUGUAGCACAAUUUCGGAGAGAGAGCAUUGCACGAACACGCACAACGGCGUCUGCAAUAUGCAGCUCGAUGGCUAUUACAUCGAAAGCAUUUUAUGUUUAAUUAUCGGGUUGGUUUGGCUCAGGUGGGGCCGACGGAAAAUCGAAAUCUUGCAAGCGAGACCGAUGUCUGCUUGGAAAGCGAUACUUUCGAAGCAGACCAGAUAACAGUAUUGAGUCGAUGUGAACGAUUGUCGCCACGGUACCUGCAGUUACAUUAGGAGGUUGUAUGAAUUCAUUCAUUUACGAUCGCGCGCGAUCGAUUCCGCGCUCGGAUCAUUUCCCCGCACAUUUAACAAGUGUUCCAAUCUUUUUAGCGCAACCGGAAAAAAAAAGAAAAGAAAUUAACUGUACGGCCCGGUUUCGGGCCCGCAUUUCGUUCAUGUGCAUCAGCUUUGUUCAUUCGGGAAGCAACUUUUGUACAGACUGCGUGUCGUCGAAUACUUACCGGUAACUUUUGUACGAGCAGCUUGCGACGAGUAUUCCAGGUGGUUCGAUGUUUACAAAAAGUUUUGCCCGCGGGAUACAAUAAUUUAUAUCGUACGUUCGGCACAAAACGGUCACGUUAAAUUUGUAACCAAGUACCGCGUUCAUUCCGUAAAAUUACGUUACGAAUUACGUUUGGCGUUGCGCCCCGACUUCACGAAAAUUUGUUCGCGGCGGUGCAUCGUUCGGGCCGCAGACAUUCCAUGACUCCACACUCCCAGUAUGCGGUAGACUAGUAGAUAUAUACUGCAUCGACGCAUUUGUGGUGCAUUACGAAACCGUGUUAUCCUUCCAUGAAGGUUAAUCAUCUUAUUUACGUUGUAAUAUAUGUAAUAUAUUACUUGUGCACUUGUUCAGAAUUGACGGUAUUUCUUAUUGGUUUUUUGUCGAAACGUUUCACAAAAUCGCGGUACCGACUAAGAAUUCUCUGCGUAGGACAUAAUAAGUACUUAAGUGACGUGAAUAAAAGUUUUCCAAGUACAA